ACUUACGGUCUUAUUCAUAAUCAUUUUUCACAUUUUAUCAAAUGCUUAUUAGAGGUUUAUAAAACGUUUGAUAAAAAUUGUUAUUCAUAAUCGUCAUUUAGCGCUAAAAUCCUCUUAUAACUGUGUGAUAAGUUAUCGAGAGCUCGGGCCUUGUUUAAAGCUCUAAUAAACCUAUUUUAACCUAACUUUUAUAAAUGUCAUUUCAUAUGAAUGUCACUUCGUUGGUUUAUUUAUUCAAAAUAUCCUUGCUGUGAUCCUUGCUUGUGAAAAUGAAUGCUAUAAAUGCAAUUGUGCAUUUAGCCAAUAAUGCCGACCCAGCGCGACGUAGAAAGCUCUACCGCCAACGAAGCAACCCAUUCGAUUUGCGGGACCUAAAUUUUAAAAUAAAAUAUAGGUUCAAUAAGGACACAGUGCGCACCAUCAUAGAUUUGGUGGAAGAUGAUCUGGUUCAGAGCGCUAGAGGUGGUGGCACGUGUCCUGAACUGCAAGUUUUAGUGGCCAUAAGAUGUUGGGGACGUCGUGAGGUACAAGAUGAUGCUGGUGACCUCCAUGGCCUAAGUCAGCCGACAGUGAGCCGGAUAUGCGCCAGAGUCGCGCAUGCAAUCGCGAAUAAGGCAAAUUCCUUCAUCAAAAUGCCUAUCACUAUAGGAGAGCAGGAAAGAAUUAGUGCCAAAUUUAGAGCAAUUAAAAAUUUUCCUGGGGUGAUAGGAGCCAUAGAUUGCACCCACAUUAAAAUUAAAAAAACCGGAGGUGACAUGGCCCAGUACUAUAUUAAUAGAAAAGGCUAUUAUUCCCUGAAUGUUCAGGUUGUCUGUGAUGCUGACCUCAAAAUAAUGGAUAUAGUGGCUAGAUGGCGAGGCAGUACACAUGACAGUCGAAUUUUUAUGGAGAGCAAUAUAAAACAACGAUUUGAGGAUAGGCAGUUUAGAGGACGCCUUAUUGGCGAUUCGGGCUACCCUCUUCUGCCAUAUCUAUUUACACCUAUUUUAAGGCCUAGUCGUCCAGAAGAAGAAGCAUACAAUAAUGCUCACAUCUCAACUAGGAACACUGUUGAAAGGUGUUUUGGGGUGUGGAAGCAGCGGUUCCAAUGCCUACUCCAUGGCUUACCAGUAAGCCUCCAAAAUGGAAAAGCUGUGAUCAUAGCAUUGGCUGUAUUACAUAAUAUAGCCAUUGAUAUGAAUGACACAUUGUUAGAACAACAUAUGGAGCAGGUCCCUGUAACUCCGCAACUUUCGACGGAGAACAGUGUUCACGACAACCGACCUUCAUUGUUGAGGCGUAGGUCGCAGUUGAUACUACAAAAUUUUAUAAAUCAACAUUUUUGAAUGAUACUGUUCCUGGCAUCUUAA